AUGAAUGAUAAUUUAGAAACUGAUGUCACGAGUGAUAUUAAAACCGAGGAGUUGCCAAAACCAACUGAGACUCCUGCAUUCAACCGGUUAGUAAUUAAUGACAAUAUUUAUUCUGGGCAAGGGGCAGAAGUUAGCAAUGCUCAAGCUAUGUCCAUACAGGAUAUGCUAACAGCAUUAUUUGAAAAGUUUACUAUUAAGGAGCUGGAGCGUGAAAAACAACACGAGCUUACCGAGCAGGAGCGUGAAAGACAACGUCAGCAGGAAAAGGAAAAACGUAGACAGGAAAAGCUUAUAGAAAAACAGCAACAGGAGCUCAGCGACCAAGAAAAGGAAAAGAAAUUUAUGGAAAAUAUAAACAAUAUAUUUCUGGAAAGGGAUAAAGGAAUUGUCCGUAGGAUAAAUCAAGUGUUGGUCGAUCGUGAUAAUACUAUUACUACCCAUUUUAAACAGGAGAUCGAUGCAGUGGGAAAGGAGAAACAAGACCUGGUGCAGCGCGACUUCCAGCCAGCAGCAGAUCCGAACCACGAUGCAGCCGACGGCAGCCGACGCCCCACCGACUCGGCCGAGGGCGGUCCAGCAGCAGCCACUACCUGUCUGCGGUCCAGCGGCUCGACACGGGGACGGUCUUACGACGUCAGCAGCAAAUUGUUAUGA